AAAGUCGAAAACCACCACCACCGCACUCCUCUAUACAUACACUGCCGCUGUUGAUUUACCCAUUUGCGAUUUCUCUCUCUUUCUCUCUCUCUCUCUCUCUCCGCCAAUAGCACAAUUCAUUUUCCAGCAAGGCUCAUCUAGUCAGUGGAUUCAUGUCGGAGGAGAAGGGUCGACCCUUGCCAAAGUUUGGUGAAUGGGAUGUUAACGACCCAGCUUCAGCAGAAGGAUUUACCGUGAUUUUUAACAAGGCCAGGGAUGAAAAGAAAACGGGUGGUAAGCCUGAAUCACCAACAAAGGCCGAUACCAACACUAAACCUGCAGCUGAUCCAUCAAAACCACCGGCUAAAAAAUGGUUUUGCUGCGUACAGACCCCUCAUGUGGAUUCUUGACAAGGCUGUGGAAAAGCUGAAAAUGGGAUUGAAUAUCCAUAAUCAAUUUGGCGUUUUCCAUUUACAAGAGGAGCUGGAGGCUCCUGUGUUCUGCUGGAAUCUAUUUUAUCAUGUAAAAUUAUGUUAGUGUGGGGUGCGGGUAUCUUAAAAGACAUAAAAGAUAUUUUACAUAUCUAUAUGCUUUGUCUGGUAAUAGAUAUACUUCACAGAUGAGCUUUCUGUUUGCUUUAACCUACCCAUGGUCUCUGUCAAUCAUAAUUCUUUUGUGAUGCUUAAAGUUUUGUCAGCCAUUUUAUGUUUGUGUAGUCAAGUUGAACUGUUGCAAUUUUGCCUGUGUAUUUUUCAUGUUAUAUACACUAGAAUUUGGAAAA